GUGGUGCAAACAUAUGUGCAACCAGUAUGAAAAAAUGAACAAACCUGUUUUUUUUAUAUCUAGCUGUGACUUUGGAAUUCAAGGUCAUCAAACAGUAUCAAACUGAGCUUAUUGCACUUGAGGUGAAUAAAUCGUUUGUUGAUCAUUCAGGUGUGCACAUUGAACUAAAAAUAACUUCCUUACAUAUUUUGGAUAAAAUGACUACUUCAUCAACAACACUGUUGAAUGCAAAAAGAAUCACGCAAGUCAGAAAUAUACGACACGGCAGUAUGAUAGACAUAGACGCCGAUAUGUUUCUCAAGAUAUCCAACUAUGAGGACACCGUCAAACAACUAGAUAUCUAUUAUGGAAUCGUUAAGAGACAAUUACUGCGCUAUCAGAGCUGCAUAACUGGCUUGUUUCCAAAAAUUUCAAGUGAUCGGAACGUCGGCAGUGUGCGCGAAAGUAUAUAUUGUGCGGCUGCAAUAUGGAGUCUGUAUCAAGCAUAUAGACGUAUAGAUGACGAUCGUGGGAAAUCAUAUGAACUGGGACAAUCUGCGAUAAAAUGCAUGCGAGGUAUUUUGGAGUGUUGGAUAAAACAAUCUUCCAGAAUAGAACUUUUUAAAAAAAAUCAAUGCGAUCGUUUUGCAUUGCACUGCAAGUUCCAUUUGGAUACCGGUGAUGAAAUUUAUAAGGAUGCUGAUUAUCAUCAUUUACAAAUUGACAUCGUAUCUUUGUAUCUGAUAUUCUUAGUACAAAUGAUUUCCUCUGGGCUACAAAUUAUAUACACACAAGAUGAAGUAGCCUUUGUGCAAAAUUUAGUAUAUUAUGUCGAAAGAGCAUACCGUACACCAGAUUACGGUAUGUGGGAACGUGGGAGUCGAUAUAAUGAUGGAACGCCCGAAAUUCACGCCAGCUCUAUUGGAAUGGCUAAAAGUGCGUUGGAAGCGAUUAAUGGCUGUAACUUAUUCGGCGAAAAAGGUGCAUCUUGGUCUGUGAUAUAUGUUGAUAUUGACGCACACAAUCGUAAUCGUAGCAUUUUUGAAACAAUGCUUCCAAGAGAAUCCAGCUCGAAAAGUGUGGAUGUGGCUUUGUUACCAACAAUAUCUUUCCCUGCCUUUGCAACUCAUGAGGAGGUACUAUACAACGAAACGAAAGCAAACAUUGUUCGUAGAUUAAAAGGCAAUUAUGGUUUUAAACGAUUUGGAAGAGAUGGUUAUAAAACGGUGCUGGAGGAUAAACUUCGACGAUAUUAUAAAUCAGGAGAAAUCAAGGAUUUCGACAAUAUCGAAUGUGAAUGGCCGUUGUUUUACAUCUUCAUGAUAAUAGAUGGUGUAUUCAAGAGUCUAUCGGAACAAGUGGAAGAAUAUCAAAAUUUAUUGAAAGCGAGAGUACACAAGGAUUUGAAUGGAGAUCCGAUAAUUCCCAUGUGCUAUUAUGUACCUGUGGAAAAUUUAGAAACUGAACGAAACGAACCAUGUAGCACUUAUCGGCUACCCAGCGAGGAAGGAAGAAGCCCUAAGUCUGUGGAUCAACAAGUUACGCCGAUAUACCUAUGGAAUCAAGCUAUGUUCGUAAUUGCACAAUUACUCACUGCUGGUCUUCUGCACAUCAACGAAUUAGAUCCAAUUCGUCGAUAUCUUCCAUCCUAUAAUCGACCGCGACGAGCAGGAAGAUAUUCUGCUUUUCAGGCAAAACCCAGUAUUCAGGGCACUCAUACCGACCUAGUAGUACAAAUCGUUCUAAUCGCAGAAUCUAUGCGAUUACAAGCUAUGAUGGCCACAUAUGGCAUUCAAACGCAAACACCGCAUGAAGUCGAACCUGUUCAAAUUCUGUCAUCUACUCAGCUUGUGAAGGUUUAUCAAAAGCUAGGAGUGAACAAGAAGUUGAAUCUCCAAGGACGACCCGCGCGGCCUAUAGGAUCUUUAGGUACAAGUAAGGUGUAUAGAGUCUGUGGUAUGACAGUACUCUGUUAUCCUCUGAUUUUUGAGGUAUCCGAAUUUUAUUUAUACAGAGACAUGGCUCUAUUAAUCGACGACAUCAAAACGGAAUUGCAAUUCGUUGGCAAGUAUUGGCGUCUUUCUGGUCGACCCACUGUAUGUCUUUUGAUUCGAGAAGAGCACAUGCGAGAUCCACAAUUUAAAAAAAUGCUGGACCUCUUCGCGAUGUUGAAGAAAGGCUAUUGUGAUAAAACAAAAGUUCGCAUCGGUCGGUUGCAAAAUCUGAUCUCAUCUUCAUGCAUUGAGCACUUGGAUUUUGUAAAUAUUAUGGAAACGGAUUUGGAUUUGACACAGUUUACACAAUUGCAGCAUGAUUAUAUUGGAUAUCAGAGUCUCACGGAUGUACCAAAGGCCAUCGCUUAUUCCGAAAGCGUUAAGGAUUAUUCUUAUAUGUUAAAUGAAUCUCUUAGCAACAUAUUAAACGAACUUCGCAAUAGCAUUGGCUUGUAUGCCAAAUGUCAAUUAUAUAGUAUUCUGAUAAAACGAGAAGGAAUUAAUUACGAAAUCAAUGGAGUGACAGUUCGCGAUAAUUUGAGAUCAUUAUAUCAACAAGCUGGAUCUUUAAGGUUCUGGAUAGCUGUUCGUUAUUGCAGCAGUCUGUUGAAUCAUACAGUAGAUAGUAUCAGUCCUUUUAUCACAGGUGUAUUAGUCAAAGGAAAACAGAUUGCAGUGGGAGUAAUUGGGCAAGAGGAAACAGUAUUUGACAAACCUAUGACGCCAGCGGAAAUACAGUCGGUAAUGUAUUCGACAAUACAGCCGCACAACGUGGUGCAAGCUGUGCUUCAACAAGAGAUCCUAUUGUAUUGCGGUAGACUUAUUGGUACUAAUCCAGAAAUGUUCAAAGGCAUAUUAAAAAUACGCAUUGGAUGGGUCUUGGAGGCAAUGAAGCUUUACUUGCAAAUGUUCGUAAAAGAUGACAAGCCGAUUGAGAAUUACAGUCCUUAUGAAAUCCGACAGUUUCUUAUUAAAGUAUUGACAGUAAGAGAAUGGGCUCGUGAAGAAAAUCUGACGGUGCUUGGUCGUCGAAAAAUCGAAGGUUGCUUGUGCAGAGUGCCGGCACACUUUUACAAUCAAGUAUGGGAAGUAUUGAUGCGCUGUCCUGGAGGUAUCAUGGUGAACGGACAAGAACUUCCUCAGCAGGCUACAUUAUCCAGCAUGACUCGUUCUGAACUCACAUUUGCUCUACUCGUAGAAUCCUUGUUGCAUAAUAUACAGCUCCCAGAAUAUCGUCAAAUCAUAGUCGAACUCUUGAGUAUCAUGUCGACUAUUUUGCUUCGAAAUCCAGAAUUAAGUUUUCAGAAGCAGCUAAAUCUCAAUCAGCUCGUGGAAGACAGUUUUAUCAUGUACUGUAAGGAUCAUAAUUUAUCGAAUGUAAUUGACAAGUCGUCAUUCUUCUCCGCGCAUUAUUCGGUGACCACGGGAUAUCUUGCUAGAGCUAUAGUCAACAACGUUCUUACUGGUGGAUGCGUGACGACUAUUGUGUAUCCUACUGAUGUCAUUGAAUCGCCCCGAGAAAUGUGUAAAAUUACAUAACAUGAAUCGAUUAUCGUUGAGACUAGACUUAAGAUAUUAUUAUUUAAUGUUGAUAAGAAUUGUAUAUAGAUGUAUGUAAUAUAUCUCGCCAUGUAUAUAGAUAUAAAUAAAUAUAUAUUACCAUGUUCAGAUAAAGCGACGAUA